AUGAGCUCUCAAAAUCCAUCUGUCGACACCACUGCUACUUCGGCUGUUCCUGUCCAAACUAUCACUUACAUAUGCGGUGAAUGCAGGGCAGAAAGCCAAAUUAAGCCCCGAGAGAAUAUUCGUUGUCACGACUGUGGACACCGUGUACUUUACAAGAAGAGAAGCGAGAUUUUGAGUGUUUUCGAAGGAAGUUAUCGCUAUGCUGAUAGGGUUCCGAAUACAACGUUGCCUAGAUUUGGAGAUGUGUUGGAGCCCGUGUUAUAUAUUCCCUCUAUUAUGACCAAUUUAUAA